GGAGUGAAAAAACCCGGAAGCUCAUCUUGAUAAGUGGAGAACGUGAACGAGAGUCUAUCUUGAUGCUUAGAGGUAACGAUAACGGGUCUUGUUGAGUGGGAAAAUAAAGUGGCUGGUGCGAAGAUGGAUCUUCCGAUUCUUGGAUGUGUUGGUAAAUACAACAACUCCUCUUUCUCAUUCCCAUUUAUUCGUUACAUCUUUUGCAUCCAGCGUUUUCGUUCCAACGUUUUGUGGAUUUCCAAUAUGUAGGUAGUUCCAAUAAGGUUUGCUAAACGACAACAGCGGACGGUGUGAAUUGUAGGGACAGUUUCUCGAGGUCAUCCAUUUAAGUACCGCUAAUAAAGCAGAUCCUUGAAUAUGGCGGGUGAUCCUCCUAUCAAGCACACAGAAUGGGACAAGCCAGCGUGGAUUGCGGUUCCCGGUACCGUUGCUGGUGUCUUGGCUCUCUGCUUCAUCCUGUAUCUGCAGAAAAUCAUCAAAGGGCAGAAGAUCGGCGCAGACAUUGGCGUCCCCAAGCUCGAUAAGCUUGCGGCCCAGGUGGAAUACUUCAUAUGAGUCCUAUUGCGGAAAUAAUUUAUUGAUUUUCAUGGGCGAACUGAACAUUUGUGUUUCCACCAGGGACCAACGUUCUGCUUGUUACCCAAUUAAACUUUGCAAAAUUGCACGUCUUACAGGUAAAGAGCGGAAGUCGCGCCUUCCUAUUUAUUGAAUACAAAUACCUCGCUGGCUUUGUCCUGGUCUUGGGUCUCGUUCUCCUUGCGCUUUUCACUGCGGAGCCGAUUGCCGUCGGACAGAAGGGCGAGAGGACUGAUGGCGUGCGCGUUAUGGGAGCCUUCUUCGUGGGCGCGAUCCUAUCCGCCACCGCUGGAUGGUUGGGUAUGACCGUGGCGACCGAAGGAAAUGUCCGCACUGCCGUCGCGUGUGCCUCAGGAACUAUGAACGACGGUAAUAAGAAGAAAUUGGCGUAGUAGACCAGCGGCAUGAAGAUGAGACUAACUAUGAUGGAAUUCAGCUACAAGAUCUUGAUGCUGUCUCAGAUCGCACACAGAGAUAACAACGAUUCCACCGGUGGAGCACUUUCUGCUUUUGGUAAUUUUCCAUGAGGGCCAAACACAUUAAAUCAAGGUCUUCGAACCGCCUUUACGGCCGGAAGCGUGAUGGGAUUCACCGUCGUCGGGCUGGGUUUGGCUGGUUUGUCGCUUAUGUUCUGGAUUCAGACCGUAAAUCGUACGGAAGAGACCACUAUGGAAAUUUUGGCGGGCUUCGGUGUAGGCGCUAGUUCGAUUGCUCUCUUUGCGCGCGUUGCCGGUGGAAUCUACACGAAAGCAGCUGAUGUCGGAGCGGACUUGGUAUGAAAAAUAGCAUUAUGACAAACUAUAGAAAAAACUCGAUGCCUUUCACAGAGCAUUAUCAAUCUGUUAUCCACUGUCUUGCUUCAAUUACGUUGUUGUGAACCGAAACGUUUUUCCCAGGUCGGAAAGGUUGAGGCUGGUAUUGAUGAGGAUGAUCCGCAUAAUCCGGCAGUGAUCGCUGAUAACGUCGGAGACAACGUCGGUGACGUCGCUGGUAUGGGAGCCGAUUUGUUCGAGUCUUACGUAGGAAGCAUUAUCGCUGCAGCUACGCUUGCUGGCUCCAAUUGUAUCAUACUAUGAUAAAUGUGCAUUUCCCUCUUGACCUACACGUAGACCACAACUAGUACUUCUCUGGUAUUCAUUGACCCACUGUUUUCAUCAAACGCGACAAUGAAAAUUACAGCUACUCUUAUGGCUUUGCCGUUCGUUCUCGCGUCCGUCGGAAUUAUCUGUUCCUUCGCGGGGUACUACAUGGUCGGCACCAAGGAAGAAGGUAAGGGUUGGGAUGUGCAUCUGGGUACACUCAUGUGGGCUUUGGAAAAAGGCAUGUACACUGCUGGCAUCCUCUUCGUGGGACUCUCUGCGGUCGUAAUCUACCUCAUGUUCGGGGAUGACGAAGCCGGUUGGCGCCUGUAUGGUUGCAUCUUGAUCGGACUUUUCGCCGGUAUGAUGAUUGGAAAAGUGACAGAGUAUUUCACGUCCUUCGACUUCUCACCCACGAUCUCGAUCAAGAACGCCGGCCGCACCGGACCAGCAACCGUUGUCAUUCAGGGUAUUGGCAUCUGAUUGUCAUCACGACGUCUUCUCUGUUUUUUUGGCAAUGAUCCUUCCCAUGAUUGUACGCAGAAAGAGAACAAGGGAACUUUUUGAGCACAUCAUCAAGCAAAUCUGUUUACCACCCAUCAAGCAAACCAUGGAUACCAACCAAAGGUAUUGGUGUUGGUAUGAUUUCGUGUGGCCCGCCAACGGUGAUCCUGUGCGCAACAAUUUUGUCAUGUGCGGCUUUGACUCCGGAUGGCGUGAAUGAAGCAUACGGUGUUUCGUUGGCAGCAGUGGGCAUGCUCUCCACCCUUGGUAUUACUCUGGCCACAGACGCCUACGGACCGGUUGCUGACAACGCGGGCGGGCUCGUGGAGAUGUCCGGUAUAAAGCACUGUUUGACACACUGCAAGCAUCGAGUAUUUAGAUUCUUUAGAUUUUUUAGCUUACCCAACGCUAUUAUUCCGUGGCAGUGCCAAUUUCCAGAAUAUUGAAACAAUCUAAAUUUAGGUUUGGAUUCCUCCGUCCGAGCGAAGACCGACUCCUUGGAUGCUCUUGGUAACACGACCGCAGCAACCGGAAAGGGCUUCGCCAUCGGUAGUGCAGUGUUGACAGCGCUCUCCCUAAUGGCAGCAUUUCGACAGAAGGUGUCGCCGAAAAUCACAGUAGGCACUCUUACGGUUGUUCAACCGAUGGUUUUCGAUAUCACAGAGGCACCAACGAUGGCUGGAGCCCUGUUCGGCGCGAUGCUUCCGUAUUGAUGAGUCAUCUAUGCUGGAGUUAGUUUGCCUUGUAUCUUUAGGAAACUCCACCACAAUUGUGUUGCAUUGUACGAAUGUUAAAGGAAAGUCCGUAACCUCCCUUCAUGAUGAGACGAUGUGAUGCCCUCUCUCAUCACAAACCACGCAGGUACCUCUUUGGCGCAUUGACAAUGAUCUCCGUUGGUAAGGCUGCUGCCGAGAUUAUCGAGGAAGUCCGACGACAAUUCAGGGAAAUCCCAGGUCUGCGUAAUGCUAUUGAGCGAGCGAGCCGAGGAGAGGAGAUUCCACCGGAGGAGGACGUUGAGCCGGAUAGCGACCGAUGUGUAGCAAUCAGCACGCAGUCAUCCGUCAAGGAAAUGAUUGCGCCAGGCGCAUACGCCGUUCUCGCGCCACUCUUCGUAGGUUUCUGCGUAGGACCAAAGGCCCUCAUGGGCAUGCUCGCUGGUAUAAACGUGAAAUUUUCAAGAGGGUGUAUGAUUGUCGAAAAUGAGAAUGGACGUGCUUUCAAUAGAAUAGCGAUCUGCUCUUAUAAGAGUCGUUGAUUCUCGUCGCCCUUCCAAGAAGAACGUUGAUCUGCCAUCUCGUCCUUUUCAUUUCAGGUAGCAUUGUUAGUGGGGCAAUGAUUGCCAUUAUGAUGAGUAACGCUGGUGGUGCGUGGGAUAACAGCAAGAAGCUGUGUGAGAAGCUCAAGCUAAAGAAGACUGACCAGGGUAAUGCCUGCGUCAUAGGCGAUACAGUGGGUGAUCCUUUCAAGGAUACCUCAGGACCGGCGCUGAACAUUCUUAUCAAGCUGAUGAGCAUGGUUUCGCUCCUCAUCGCCCCUCUAAUCAACUCAAGGACCGACUACGAGAAAUGGUAUUUUCUAGAAUGCUUUGACAAUGGCCACGUGGCUAGCUAACGUACUUUGAAGACUGCUUGAAGAAUGUUCAGGCAAAGUGACGAAUGUGGACGACCACUUUUACACAUCCGCUUCUGCGUGAUUAGAGAGUUCGUAGUUGACUUACUAGGGUUUCUUGUCAAUUGAAGUUUCUUGAUUGAACAACACGGAACGCGCAGGUACCUCGGCAUGAUUCCGCUGGCUGUGUUUAUCAUCAUCACCGCCGUACUGGUAUCGAAGCGUAUCCUGUCUUUCAGCGAUCCCCUCGAAUUUGCUCCGGUAGAACCGACCACUGUGGACGGCGAAGCGAAGCCAACAGUCCCGGUAGCAAUUGCUGUAGAAAUGGUAGGUAAAGCUGAAGCCGUUGAAGUUGAGCCAUCUCCUAACACUUUGUAAUUUUCCACGACAAGAGUAAUUACUGUUUUUGUUGGUAGGAGAGCGUCAAGGAAUUUCUCAGGGAGAUUGUAUUGUCGGACGGCACAUGAGAUAACCCUCUUGCCCAAAAUAUCACUUUUUCGGUCCGGUGUUUAGAACCCCAGACUAAAUGAGCUUCAUGAUGAAAAUCGCCGUUUUUCCAGUUCGUUCAAUCACAUUUUGUGACGAGAGACGUAUGUACUUAUAUUGAUACAUAGUGUGCGAGGUGUCUUUCUCCAAACGCUCUGUUUACUUGUUGGUUGCGUAGCAGGUGUGUAGCAAAGUUCAUUUUUCCACUUAUCCGGCAUUUUCUGAGAGAUUACCUACGACGAUUUUCCGUUUGAAUUCCGAGUGGUAUUGCAUCACGAUGCAUGCGCCUUGAUGGAUACUGGGACAAUAUAGAAAAUAGUAGUGGUCACGUGCACCUUCGGCUUAGUUCGAUAAACGAUCCUGUCACUUUUUCACCAAGUGAUUCAUAUGCUCGGUUGCACAGUUGUGAUUCUUCCCAAGAAAAUGAAACAAUUGCAGUUUUUCGGGACGUAGAUUGAUGCAGUUUUUCGAUACAAGAGAGGCAAUGUCCUCUCAAUCAUAUUAGAUCGUUCUUGUUGCGAUAAAGUCAUUUGUGCUACAUAGUGAAAAGUCAAAAACGAAGGAUGAUACCAUCUUCAAAAACCAAUCGUGUGCUUUAUCUCCAUGCAAUGACUUGUUUAUAUUCAAGAAAAGAUAGCCACAGCGUAGAGGCUCUAGCAAAUAAGAUGUCUCCCGACAUCAAUGAACGUCAAUCUUCCAACAUAGGUUGCAGAGGUUGCAGUAGCGGAUCCAGUAGUAGCAGAGCUGGCAGCAGCGGCUGCAGGUGAAGAGGUCAAAGUAGCUGCGGAGGAAGCAGUUAAAGUUGAGGCCGUGAAAGUGGAGGAAUGA